ACGAAUGUAAGCUUUUCCACUGAAGCAAUAAUGACACUGCGCACACCAGAAACACACGCAUAUCAUAUCCCGCACGUAGGUGUAACGAACACGCAAAUUUGCAAAUCUGUAGUCGCUGCUGAUAAUACAUUCAUAAAAAACGAUAUUACCGCCGAAGAAGGAUCGAUCUCUGCGAUUGAUAGGAAACGUGAUGACGCAAAUUUUGAUAGCUCAUCCGAUUCGAGAAAGAUUCCAUUAAAUGUGAGAAAUAAGGUACAUCUUGAUAAUCAACGGAAAGCUGAGAACUACAAUCGACAACAGGUGAUUGGAAACCAUGAAGCUACUAUUCGAAACUUAGCGAAUGUUGAUCAUGUUUACGAAGAAAUUAGAGCGAUUAAGCAGCCACGUAAUAGUUUAUAUGAACACGACAUUCAAGAUUAUUAUGAGAAAUAUAGUCCCGCUACGGCGAAGACCUUGAUAGACACGCUUUUCUUGCCGCGACAUACAAUUUGCAGGGAGUGCGCGAGAACAAAGGGCAGUCCAGUGUACACUGAUCGUUUGAUAUACACGAAAAAGUCGUUGGUCGCUAUAGAAGUAGUUCUAUGUCAGUAUGAUGACGUUUCAUGCUUCAAGUAUCCGCACGAAGAUUCCGAGGAUAUUUUCUGCUCGCAAUACAAUCAAAAUCAAGAUUAUAUGCUAGUUUAUAAUUACACAAAAACUAACGUCGCGGGAAUAUUCUAUUUUCAUCGCUUGCCUCAAGACAUCUUUGAUCUGCAAUCGCUGUUAAAGCCGAACAUCUAUGUUAUAAAUCGCACUUGUUGCAAUCUUACAGUAAAUACUCACUUAUAUCAUCGCUGCAUAAAUAGUUAUCACAUGAGAACAUCGAGAGCUGGUUGCACACCUAUGACAUUUUAUCAUGAUUAUGGCACUGUAAUAAGCAGCACGAAAUACAUUAGCCAUUCAGAAAAUCCGCCGAUUUAUCAGGUACGCCGAUCAAAGGGUGACCAUAUUGAUGAAUACCGGAGAAGUAGAUCGAGCUUAUUACUGUUGGAACCGUUACUGCUAAUACCGGAAUCGGCGGAUUCUGAACAAAGAGAAAAUACCAAGAGUAAGAUUUCGCAGUCAGAAUGCACAAAAAUUAUCAAAAUAAUAAUAAUCUACGCAUUAUCAUUUCUUAUUCUUACAAGCAUUACAUUUUACAUCGUUUAUUUUACUUAGAGCGGCUGAUUGUAUGGCGAGAUAUUUAAGAAAAUUUAAUCAUAUUCGAAUGUUACAUGAUACAUUUAUUGUCAUUAAUUUUACGUUACAUUU